UCCAUUUUGUGGGAAGUGGAACUUCCUAGGAAUUUCUACUUCCCAUGAAUUUGUCAACCAAACAACACCAAACAAUUCCAAUUCCUAGAAUUUAUAACUUCCUAUAUUAAAUAAUGUUAACCAAACAACCCCUUAUUUGGUCAGUUUUUGAAUAGGAACUUUUUGUGCCCCCUCACUAUUUGGCAAGAGUUAAUAGCUACAAUUUCAAAAUAGCAUGCCAAGAGGGCAAAUUGCGCUCUUAGGUAGCCUUUCUCUCUUAUGUAAAGCUGUUGUGACAGUCUCGCAUUUCUAGUCGAUUUUUGCUUGAUAUUAUUGAUCAUUCCUCAUUUGGUUGAUGUGCCUUUUGACUCCCAUUUUGUUGUAUUAAACGUGUUGAUAUAGUGAGGCCUCUAUUGUCUGUUUGUUGCUAGCUACAAAGAGAUUCAGUUUGUUAAAAUCCUUUUAACCCAUCACUAUUCAUGAGAUGUCAUAAUUUUGGUGUCUCAUUGCACUAGCUUGGGGUUUGAGAAAUUCCCAGAAAUAUAUCCAAUUUGCAAUUAUGUAUACCUUACUGCUACAAUAACUGUAUGGGAAUAUAUGAACUUAGAUAUCAGUUUAGGCUGUUGUCUCUUAUACUGGUUCUUUGCCGUACACAAUGAGUCCCUGACAAUCUCGAGGACUCCAGAGCAUAACCUUUAUUAGAAUGCAAUUGUGCAUGUUCUAUUAGUCACUGAUCAUUUCAGAGUCAUUUAAGAGCUCUUCUAGGAAUAAAAUAGUUUAGUUUACUGGACUUCAUUCAUAUCAAUUUAUAUUAUUGGAAAAUGUGGGGAACAAUUGGACAUUUCAUAUGUCCUCAUAUAAGUAUAUGCUGACGUGACGCAUAUAAGCUACUAAGCUCUGACAUACCAUUUCUUUUUCUAAUAUGAAUGACCCAAAAAGUUAUGCAAGACGUUCUGAUCCCUUGACCAUCUACUUAAAAAUAUUAUCAUUCUACCACCAACUUACCUCAUCUUUUCUAUAACCAAAUUUCAAAUCCAACUAAGAAAUGCUUUUGCCUAAAAAGUAAAUAGCAAUGACCACUCCCUAUAUAGAACUGAAAACAACUGGCCCUAUGAAAACAUAAGAACAUAGGAAAUACUGAAACGUAGGCAUAAAAAAAGGGGCAUCUGCCGGGCCCACAAGCUGGUUAGAAUCUUAUAUUCUGAUGGUUUCAUCCACAACAGUGGUUGGAAAAGGCUUAGCCCUAAACAAAUAGCAAGGCUGGUUAACAAGAGAGUGGUCAGGCUUAAGCAACUAGCACAUUCAGACAAGUUGCUUUAUCUUGAGCUGUUUUUUCACAAUUUUUAUGGUAGCCACAACCCUUCAUGUAGUGAGCCACACUGGGAUACAACCUUCACUCUGGGUCCAGCCUGAGCUACUGGAUGACUGCGUCAUUAUGGGUAGAGGUAGCAGUUGCUUAGGCCCCCUGAACCUCACAUCACCUUGAUGACAGUGGCCGGAUCACAUAUAGGAUAAUCCUCUGUGAGUGGGGGCUUCUUUUCAUCAAAAGACUUGUAUCAUAUAUCCAGACACCUGCUAAUCUAAUUAAGAAAUCGUAGGCAACUUUUCUUUCUCUUAGUAUCCUCAACUAAGCAUUUGUUGUUUGGCUUUUUGGCUGAGCUUUCAAGGUAAAGAAUGUCAGAGGACUCAAGCCUUUAUUUCAACUUUCAAGCAUUUAAAUUGGUUUAAUCUUAAUAUCGAUUAUACAUCAGUGGAUGCUAUUGAUGAUACAUAAAACUCAAUGUCUUGAUAUCUCUCAAGCUGCUCAGUUUCAGUAGACCUUUGGGGCUGCGUAAGUUUAUGGCUCUCUUCAUUCCACCUCACCUGGAGGUUGCACGAAUGCCCUGUAGAGAUAAUGAGCACAAAGUCCCCGUACCUAUAUAAACAUCAAAGGUGGCUUCUAAAAUGGAAGCAAGUAAUUCUCAUGAUGGCCACAUUGUUGAAAUCGGAAGAAGUCAUGCUCUUGAGGAGGGACGCUUUGGAGGAGGAAACAAGUUUUGUGGGGAAGUACAUUGUGAAUUUGAAAGUGGUGGAACAAACUCAGCGGAUGCUGCAGAGAGAUCAGCUUCAAUGCGGAAGCUUAUUAUUGCUGUUGUUAUGUGCGUCAUAUUCAUGACCGUAGAAGUUAUUGGUGGAAUCAAAGCCAACAGUCUUUCCAUUCUAACUGAUGCUGCUCAUUUGCUAUCCGAUGUGGCAGCUUUUGCUAUUUCUUUGUUCUCUUUAUGGGCAGCAGGCUGGGAAGCUACCCCUCGUCAGUCUUAUGGGUUUCUUAGAGUAGAGAUAUUGGGUGCACUUGUCUCCAUUCAGCUUAUAUGGCUUCUUGCUGGCAUUUUAGUUUAUGAAGCCAUUAUCAGACUCAUAAAUGAAGCUGGUGACGUUAAUGGCUUCCUUAUGUUUGUGGUCUCUGCCUUUGGUCUAGUUGUAAACAUAAUAAUGGCCCUUGUAUUGGGUCAUGAUCAUGGUCAUGGUCACGGACACGGACACGGACACGGACACGGGCACGGCCACAGUCAUGGUAAUGGUCAUGAUCAUGGUCACGGUGAUAUUGAGCGCAGUCAUAGUCAUACCCACAACCACGGAGUGAUAGUAACCGCAAGUCCUCGUCAUCAGCACACCGAAGAGGGAAAUCACCAUAUUCAUGAGCAUCAUGAUCAUACGGAACCACUUCUUAAUAACUCUCAUUGUGACAAUGAACACAACCAAAAGGGAGGGAAUGUGAAGAAGAAGAAGAGGAAUAUAAAUGUUCAAGGUGCUUAUCUGCAUGUUCUUGGUGAUUCGAUCCAGAGUGUUGGUGUAAUGAUUGGAGGAGGAAUUAUUUGGUAUAAGCCAGAAUGGAAGAUAGUUGAUUUGAUAUGCACCCUCGUGUUUUCAGUUGUUGUUCUAUGGACAACUAUCAAAAUGCUGAGAGAUAUACUUGAAGUCCUGAUGGAAAGCACCCCUAGAGAGAUUGAUGCAACUAAACUGCAAACUGGAUUGCUAGAUAUGGAAGAAGUAGUAGCUGUCCACGAGCUUCAUAUAUGGGCCAUUACUGUGGGAAAGAUUUUGUUGGCUUGCCAUGUUAAAAUUACCCCUGAAGCUGAUGCAGAUCUGGUACUGGACAAAGUUAUAGAUUACAUAAGGAAAGAGUACAACAUCAGCCAUGUUACUAUUCAAAUAGAACGUUAAUUUGCUCAUUGAUGAUCUCAGAGUUUUCUUAGCCACAGUUAGUUUCAGUAUUGUCUCUUAAGUAGUCAUUUAGCAUUUUAGCUACAUGUAGCCUUUCUUUAGUGAGCAGAAAAAUCCGCCGAAUCUGUUGGCUAUUGUACAUGCUAUUGCUAGACAUACAAUCGUUCAUUGUUGAAGUCUAACAUAUGAAUGAGAAAACUCUUUUUCUUUGCUGA